AUGAAGAUCCAUGGAGUCCAACUGCUGAAAUCACCAGACCUGGGUCGUCAUAGUCUUCUUUAUCUAAAAGAAAUUGGUCAUGGGUGGUUUGGAAAGGUUAUGCUUGGUGAAGUCAAUGCGGGCCACAGCACCACACAGGUUGUAGUUAAGGAGCUCAAGGCCAGUGCCAGCGCUCAAGAGCAGUCUGAUUUUUUGGAAGAGGUUCAACCCUAUCGUCUUCAGCACCCGGCUCUUGUCAUGUGUUUGGCUCAAUGCACAGAGGUCACUCCUUAUUUGCUCAUCAUGGAGUUUUGUCCCCUGGGCGAUCUCAAGAACUACCUCCGCAGCUGUCGGGGAGCAGACGCAGACGCAGACGCAGAUGCAGAGGCCCCUGACCCCUCAAUCCUUCAGAGGAUGGUGUGUGACAUUGCCUCGGGACUCCUCCAUCUCCACAAACAAAACUUUAUUCACAGUGACUUAGCACUCAGAAACUGCCUGCUAACCUCAGAACUGUCAGUCAAGAUAGGAGACUAUGGCCUUUCUCACAGCCGAUACAAGGAAGAUUAUUACAUAACUCAAGAUCAGAUCUGGGUGCCUCUUCGAUGGAUUGCUCCAGAACUUAUAGAUGAAGUGCAUGGAAAUCUACUGGUUGUUGACCAAACUAAAAACAGUAACAUAUGGUCCUUAGGCGUGACCAUGUGGGAACUUUUUGAAUUGGGAAAUCUGCCCUACAGACAGUUCUCUGACCGACAAGUGCUAACAUAUGCAUUGAAGGAAGAGCAGCUGAAACUCCCCAAGCCCCAUCUCCAGUUUCCCCUGUCAGAGCGCUGGUAUGAGGUGAUGCAGUUCUGCUGGCUCCAGCCUGAACUCAGACCCAGCAGUGAAGAGGUGCAUCUUCUCGUCACAUACCUGUGUGCCAAAGGCUCCAGUGAAGCAGAAGAAGAUUUUGAACAACGCUGGAAUGCCCUGAGACCCAAUUUACUCGGGAGCAACACCCACACCUCCUCUGCUGCUCUGGUCCUCACUCCCACACCUUUAAAACAAACCCAGGUGGAGCUGGCCUCCUCCGCAUCCUCCUUCCCCCUCCUUGAACAUUUCCCAGAUUCUGGAGACGACCUGCUUACUGUUACCGAGACUAGUCAGGGGCUCAACUUUGAGUACAAAUGGGAACAGGCCAGAGCGGAGCAGCCUUACUGCUCAUCAUCCACGAGUGGGCCUUUAGGACAGGGAAACCCUCAUUACCAGGACAUUUACUAUUCAUGCAGAGAAAGCACAUGUAGGGGUGACAGUCCUACUUACUAUGAACCAGAGCACCCUGGGGUGGUUCCAGUGCUGAGCGCUCACAGCCCCUCUAUAAGCAGCGAGUACUACAUUCGCAUUGAAGAGCCUGUAGAAUGUAAUAUCACUCUUGAUGACAGCAUAGUAGACUACAGCCCUGGUCUGGAAGCCUGCAGUGUGUCUCCUGAGACUGCCUCAUGCAAGGCUCAGGACAGCAACAGAGAACUACACAGGGGGGUUGGAGUGACUACUAGUUUGGUUGGUCUUGGCGACUACAGCGAAGACGAAGAUGAUGACUUAACAUACAUCACUGCGGGCAUUUUUGCAGACUUCAACCUGGACUAUGCCAAUCUUGAAGAGGAGGAGCUCAGUCCAAUAAAACACACACAUGGCACUCCUGGUUCUGUAGACACUCUGAACUUGUCAUCCUCCAUGGAACAAGCUUUUAGUCCUGACAACUUUAACAUCCCCCUUCUCCCCAAAUCUCUGGACAGCGGCUACGACACCGAAAACAAUGAAUCCCCCGAAUUUCUGUUCAAAGAUGACCAGAGCCCUAGAAUUGGUGGAGACUUUGUUUUGGAAAUGGACCUAGGUCAAGAGAUUUCCUCAAAUAUACAGCUGAAAGCACUGACAGAUAAAAGUCCAUACAGAGAUUCAGCAUAUUUCUCCGACUAUGAAAACGAAAGGAGUCCACACAAAGACGGGAGCAGGUUCUUUCCGAACUCCGACAAAACACACCUCCUUAAAGAUGUCAAGUUCAAUUAUGAUGUACAACACACCAAAGCUAAUGUUGAUGUUGACGUAAAUAGUAGACGACUCGCCACUCCCGGAUUGUCCAUGCUGUCACCCUUUCCUCCGGAGAUGGGCGGAUGUCUAACGAAAGAGUGUGCGCCCGUCGAUGAAGAACUUGGAUUGGAAACGGAUCACAGUCCGGAGGAACUGCCUUCGGAGCUUAGUUCAUCCAUGUCCGAACCGUCCUCAUCGGUCCAAGAAGGUUCGUCUCAUCAGGAAGACAAGAAAACGGGGAACUCCUUACCGAACAAGUCGUUACAAUCAAACUGUACUUUGAACGAAGACACAACAGACGGUUCGGCAGAGGAUGAGGAGAUACCAGAAAUCAGCAGCGUCGGGAAAGACGAAGCGAGGGCUGACGUGACCAUAAACGAAGACGAUUUCGAAGACAUUGACGCCGACUCGCAAGACAGCCUUUGCGAAGAGCCCUCCAACGGUCCGGCCAACCUGUCCACCUCCUCCUCGCUGUUAGAACUGUGCGGUGAGGACGUGAGGGCGCCCCUAGAGGAGGCGGAGGAGGAGUACGACUCGGACGACAGCGAGUCCGACGAAGAGCUGAGAACGUACAACAUCCAGGAGGAGGACAGCGACGAGAGCGAGGAGGACUUCAGCGCGGUGCCGGUGGUGUUCAGCGACUGCAGCCGAGCCAGUCACCUGCGGAGCCUCCUGAAGAUGCCGACGCUACUCACGGAAUCUUUCUGCGAGGAGCUGGACAAGAAGAAGAAAGCUGUGUCCUUCUUUGAUGACGUCACAGUGUUCCUCUUUGAUCAGGAGAGCCCAACAGGAGAACUUUCAGAUUACACAUUUGUCACGGACACAGAGUCACUAGAAGAGGAGGAACUUCCGCUGAAAGACCCCGAGACGCCAAUGGACACUGCUCUUGAACCAGAAAUCAAUGACAAAAGGGUGACAAAUGAAUUGGAAGACGUCGUGUGUGAGCCAAACCUGCCUUCACCCAAUGACCAUCCCGAGAGCCUCUCCUGCCCCGUGCCCAGUCCUACCCGUUCAGAAGUCCCCAAACCCAGCUCUGUGGCCCUCAAUCGUUUCAUGGUCUCUCGGUUCUCAAUCACACACGUCAUAGAUCCCAACGCGAGCUCAGUAGCAGAAACCAUUGACGGCAGCCCAAACUGA